GGUCACGAGGUCUUCCAACAUGGCCGCGCCCUCUGAGUGUCAGCCGUAGUUUCCUGUCAGUUAGUUUAAAUGAGUUUUGGAGCCGCUGCCCGCUUUUGACGAACCUAGAGACAAGCAGAGGAGUUUUUCUACAAACACCCUUCAUCCUCCUCACGUUUCCAGCAUGAGCAAAAACGACCUAAUCCUACCAAAGGAUUUCCCCAAGUUAAAGAACGACACAUUUCUUCGAGCAGCAAGAGGAGAAGACACUGAGCAUGUCCCGGUCUGGUGCAUGAGGCAGGCUGGGAGAUACCUGCCAGAGUUUCGGGAAUGGAGGGAAGGAAAGGACUUUUUUGAGACGUGUCGGUCACCAGAGAUCUGCUGUGAGCUCACUCUGCAGCCUCUGAGGCGUUUUCCUUUGGAUGCGGCCAUCAUCUUCUCUGACAUCCUGGUUGUUCCACAGGCCAUGGGCAUGAACGUCCAGAUGCUGACGGGUAAAGGUCCAACGUUCACAGAGCCUCUGAAGGAGCCUGAGGACCUGGAACGGCUGCAGGCCAAAGUGGACGUUCAGAAGGAGCUGGGCUACGUCUUCAAGGCCAUCACACUGACCAGACACAAGCUGGAGGGCAAAGUUCCCCUCAUAGGAUUCACAGGAGCUCCGUGGACGCUCAUGUCCUACAUGAUCGAAGGUGGAGGUUCAGUUACACAGUCCAAAGCCAAGCGCUGGCUCUACCGGCAUCCUGAAGCCAGCCACAUGCUCCUGAAGAUGCUGGCAGACGUGAUCGUUGAGUAUCUGCUGGGACAGGUGACCGCCGGUGCUCAGGCUCUACAGGUGUUCGAGUCCCACGCAGGAAUUCUGGGCCCGGCGCAGUUCAAAGAGUUCUCCCUGCCGUACCUGCGGGACAUCGCUCGCCGGGUCAAAGACAGACUCAAAGAGGCGGGACAGGAUGUUCCCAUGAUUGUGUUUGCUAAAGAUGCUCACUAUGGUCUGGAGGAUCUGUCUGAGUCUCACUACGAGGUGGUCGGUCUGGAUUGGACCAUCGACCCACAAUCAGCUCGGGAGCGCACAGGUGGGAAGGUCAGCCUGCAGGGAAACAUGGACCCCUGUGCUCUGUACGCUCCAAAGGAGCGGAUCUCAGAGAUCGUGAAGAAGAUGGUGGCGGGCUUCGGCACCAAGGGCUACAUCGCAAACCUGGGCCACGGCCUCUAUCCCGACAUGGAGCCAGAGAACGUCGGCGCCUUCGUGGAAGCCGUGCACCAACACUCCAAACUUCUGAUCAAACAAAUGUAACGCAAAAAAAAAAAAAAAAGUGGGAAACGUCUUCAGAAAACAAGAAGGAAGCCAUGUUUAAGACUGUUGAGUUCAUGAAAUAUUGGAAUGUUUUUGAAUAUGGAUCAAGAAAAUGUGUCGUUGCUGUUUUUGAGGAUUUCAGCGGGUUUAUCUGUACGCUGAAAAAAAAAAAAAGGAAAAACAUCCCAGCAUUAAUGGAAAAACAUCCAAAUCAACAUGACCAGAGCAAAAAAAAAAAAAAAUUCCACACGUUUCUAUCCCGUGCAGCUUUCCAGGAUAAACAUGUUGGGAUCUCUGGGAGAUUUCCUCCUCAUCUGUAAUGUGUUUAUCUGGAUUAUGUUUGUGGAUUGAGAAGCGAUGCGGCGGUUGUGUGAAGUGCAUGCUGCUUAUGUUUGUGGGAUCACUUUGUGUUGACAGUGGAUGGAAAAGCUCAACAGCUUGUAUGUAUGAAGUAUUGGAAUCGUCUUUGCUUUUAUACCUCACCUCUAUGAUGUUAUUCUGACAUUUACAAAUACAAAAAGGAUG